AUGGGAUGUGAAUGCAUAUCACCACCACCGGCAUUCGAUAUUUCCCCACCACCGGAUCCUUCAUUAAUUUGGCAUUUACUUUCCGAUGAACAUGCUGAUGAACUUAUUCAGAUUCAACAAUGUGAUGCAAAUCAACAAAUAUUAUCAUCAUCACAUGAUGAAGUAUCACCUUCUGUACUUAUCAAUUUACCCAAUUAUCUUAUCUAUGCCUUACUUGCAUCCGGUGCACUCAUUUCUGCUGCCUUAUUAAUCAUCAUUAUUAUUUGCAUACGAAUACGAAGGUCCAAUCAGAAAGGACGAACAAAAAUUAAACGAAAAUCCGAAUUUUCAACUGAUAUUGUAUUAAGUAGUAACGAUUGGCCCUAUGCCACAACAAUUCAAGAUAGCAAUUCAAUGAUAAAUGGUAAUUUAUUAUACGGGUCCAUUGAGAGUAAUUUCAUCAAGCAUAAAGCUAUUCGGGUCACUUCAAAUUCAUUGAGGAAUUGUUCAUUUCAUUCUAAUAAGUUGUCUGUAAAUCCGAUAAGAAAUUCAUCACAACAAUCUGCAACAGUAUUCCGACUUCGUGGAUCUUCGGAUGGUUAUUGUACUGUUGGAAGAUUAUAUGAAGAAAUUCCGGAAGGUGGAAUUUUCAACGCUACGCAAUUCAACAAUUCCGUAGCAUAUGCAUCGAGACGGGAACUACUUUGUGGGGUAUCAUCAGUGCGAAGGCCGCCACCAACAUGUCGUCCACCGCCACCACCCAUUCAGGAUUCUCCACUUAGUCAAGAUUCAUCCGGAAAUUCGACAGAAAAGGAACAUAAUGUGAUACAUAUCGUCUCAUCUCCCAAACGUUCAACUGAUGAUGAAAAAUCACGAAAUUCCAGUAAUUCAGGUGAUAAUGGUCAUGAAAGUGGCUAUGGUACCGCACCGAGUAGAUCAUGGAAUAGUCCGAUGAUUAUGCAACAGCAAAGACGAAUUUCGUUAAGAGAAUCAGAAGAUGCGCUUCGUCGUCAAACACCGCUAGCUAUUUAUGCUCAUCGUAGUAAUGCUCAUCCAAUGACCUAUGUUUAA